AUGGCUACGGAAUCUAUUACUGACCUACGGGUGAAAAUACACAACUCGUCUCAUACUCGAGCCGCAGAGUUUGAGAAGAAAGCACACACUAAACAGAAAUCAUCCAGUUCCAACACGCAGAAAAAAAAUAUACCAAGGUCUAAAUACGAUGAUUAUAACACUGAGGAAAAGGAAGAAGAGCUGCAGAAAGUGAUGUCGGGCAUUCAGCAGCGUCGUUUGUUUACCGAAGAUGAGUGUAAACAUAUCGAGAAGAAAAUUGACAAGGUCGUCAAACUGGCCGAUUUGGGGCUGUAUAAAGAACACACGGUUGAUAGAGCUCCAUUGAGAAACAAAUAUUUCUUCGGUGAAGGCUACACUUAUGGAGCACAACUAGCAAAGAAAGGCCCAGGAAAUGAGCGACUGUACAGCAAGGGAGAUGUGGAUGAAAUCCCAAACUGGAUACAUAGAUUAGUGAUCCGCCCACUUUGUGAUGCUGGUGUUAUCCAGGAAGGUUUUGUCAAUAGCGCGGUCAUCAACGAUUACAAGCCGGGAGGUUGUAUAGUCUCGCACAUUGACCCACCCCACAUUUUUGAGAGGCCCAUUGUCUCUGUGUCUUUCUUCAGUGAGAGUGCUCUCAGCUUUGGCUGCAAAUUCACCUUUAAACCGAUCCGUGUUUCCAAACCUGUUCUGACCUUGCCUAUAUCCCGGGGAUGUGUCACUCUCCUCAGUGGGUAUGCAGCAGAUCAUAUCACACACUGUGUCCGGCCAGAGGAUGUUGUGUCUCGUCGUGCGGUGAUCAUUCUCAGGAGGGUGAGAGAUGAUGCCCCGAGAUUAGAACCAGAUGCGGAGAUCCCAUCUCCUUCCAGAAAGCGAACAAUGCUUUCCUCCAACAACAACCUGGCGCGCAUUCAGAGCAGGCGUUCUUCCACAAGCUCCAGCAGCGAUGAAAGCAUUAAACCAGUCAAAGUCAGCUCCAAAGUCAUCUGCCUGACUGAUGAAAAGGAUGGGAAACUAACUACUCCAGACUCACCUAAGACAAUUAACAGAUAG